AUUAAUUUGAUUCCUUUUUUCAAUUUCCACUGCUCUCUCUCUGUUUCUCUCUCUCUCUCUUCUGUAGGAAAAUUGAAUUGCAAUUUGCAACUGUACAUUGAUGAGACUAAAGCUUUCAAGCCCCUCCCCACCCUUCAAAAAGUUCAAAAACUACGCGUCCUUUCCAACACUCACACUCACACGCACAACCAAACACCCCAAAACCCUAAUCUCGCUCUCUCUGGCAUCUCUCUUCAGAUUCAUGCUCAAUUUUCACAGCCGAUUACAAUCUCAACCGAUCCUGGUCGAUUCUCAUGGACGACGACAAAGACAACCGCGAUCCAGCUAGAACGACCGAGUUCACGACUCAGUCCACCUGGCCACUCGACCCGGACAGCGCCUACUUCUUCACCAGCCACGACGUCAGAGACAACACACUCCUCACCGAAUUCGGCUGGAACUUCCACCCGGACGGCUCCAGACCCGACGGCUUUUCGGAACUUGACCCGAUCGGAACCCGCGACAUGUCCGAUUUGGCGGCAACUAGUAGCCAGCUUGUUGCGGACUGCUUACGACCCGCCGACAGCAGCAGCAGCAGCACCGCGGCGUUUCGGAGCUCCGACCCGGCCCCCGUCGUCGGAUCCGCUUCGAUGAACCCGUCUGUUUCGUCGACCUCCAGCGAGGAUCCGCCAGAAAAAUCAACGGGGUCCGUCGGCAAACCACCGCCCGAGAUACCGAGUAAGGUUAAAAAGAAGGGGCAGAAGAGAAUCCGGCAGCCACGAUUUGCAUUUAUGACUAAAAGUGAAGUUGAUCAUCUUGAGGAUGGCUACCGCUGGCGGAAAUAUGGACAGAAAGCUGUCAAAAACAGUCCCUUUCCAAGGAGCUACUAUCGCUGCACAAAUAGCAAAUGCACAGUGAAGAAAAGGGUUGAACGUUCCUCUGAAGAUCCCACAAUUGUAAUUACGACGUACGAAGGCCAACACUGUCAUCAUACUGUUGCAUUCCCCCGGGGCGGAGUGAUUGCUCAAGAAUCUGGGUUUGCAGGCCACCAUUUGGCGCAGCUGCCUCCAGUCAGCUCACACUUCAUGUAUUAUCCUGCAAUUCAACCCAGAGAAGGAGUUAGUCCUGUUAACUUGACAAGAACGACUUCGCACCAAUUAGCAUCCCCACGUGGUGAUGAUGAGGAUGAUGAUGAUCAAGCUGCAGGAGGAGGAUCAUCACACUGCCUUGAUCCACAGACAACUGCAGUUCCUACAGAUGAAGGGCUUCUUGGGGACAUUGUACCUCCUGGGAUGCGUAAUCGAUGAGAUGGGUAAAACGCAUUGAUCUUAUUCAAGCUUGGUCAACGUCGCCAUAUAUAUAUAUGCAUGCAUGCAUAUGCGGGUACCAGCUGCAGUGCAGUAUCUUCAGCUUUACUAGCUAGUAUUAUCAGGAGCAUGCGCAUCUUCCAAAAUCCAACAGAGCCAAAUAUAUAUAUCUUUAUAUCGGAGGAGAUGACUGUGGUCUGGUCCAUGACCUCUAGCUUUGCAUGUGACUGAUCUGAGCACCAUCAGACUCUUAAUCCCUAUUGUUGUGUAUAUAAUUUAAAUUAAUUAAACAUCCCAAUUAUUCAUGCACAAUCAUGUAGGUAGUCCACCGUUUAAUUACGAUAUUUAAUUAUAAACUCAGAUCUGAUCUUAUAUAUUCAGUCUAAUUCACUUUUGGAUGAUUAAACAUUAUAUUAUAUAAUGUGCAUAUGUAUACAGAUUUUUUCUUAUGCGGAUGUUCGCACGUUAUUAUUAUGCAGAUGUCUUAUAUUUUCUACUA